GGGUCAGCAUAGAAUGGGGGGGACGGCCCUAAUGUUGUGUUGGCCGGGUUGCGGGCGGAUAAAAGCGGACGUGGGGACUCGGGUCGGGGCACAGCGUAACUAAGAGAGCCAUUCCAUUUAGGGCGAGACAGAAUGGGCGGGCACAAGCGGUCUGGUGUCCGGGCCGAUUGGUCAGACGACGACUACUGCACAUAUUAUAUUAGCCGCCUAUCCCGGAAUGGACUGGGAUGGAAUAGAAAGAACGCGAAGCAGCAAGCAAGGGAUGAGCGCUUUGUUGCUAAAGCGGAUACGUUUUCUUGCUGGGUUCGGUUUGUUUUUGGGGGGUGGGGCAAUAAGCUUGCUUCUUCACAAGCUUAUCCCCGCCCCCUUUCCUGUCCGUCCCGACCGGCAGCAGUUGGGUCUCCCCAUCUCUCCUCAACUUCCCCGGUCUUCGGCCCGAGCUGUAUGAGGCAGAAACUCGUCCCACGUACGGUUCGGAGGCCGAGCCCCACCCCUGCAAUAAUGGUGCGGCUUAGGUCAACUAAUACGAAUAAGAUACAGUUCACUCAACGAUUGCCUUUGGGUCCCGAACUCCAUAUGGGGAAGGAACGUUGUUGUUUGCGAGGUCUCGAUCAUUUACAUGGACCCACUUCUCAUUCCAUUUGUGGGAAUUUGAUGAUUUAUAAACCGUCCCCAACGAGCGAAAGGUUCAUGUUUGAACAUGAUGAAUCACUUCGUGCCGACCUGUUGCCCAUAAACUUUCCUGCCUCAUAUGAGAAUGGAAAACUGGAAGAUUUUCUGCAUCGGUGGAUGAAGAAUCACGAACAUAAGAAUUUCUGGUUUAGCAUGUUCCCAGAAAGAAGAUACUUUUUUUCCAUUCGAGAAACGAGGAGCACGACUGAAGUGGCUAUACAUACAAAUCCAUUUACGGAUCUAUAUGCUCCGAUUGGAACUGGAAGUUCCAGAACUGGCGGCUGGUAUACCACCAUAAUGAAAUUGCCUUUUAUUUUUAGUAUUCGGAUAGGAUUUCUGUUGGCUUCAUCGGGAGGCUCGCGUAGUUUGUUACGUCAACUCCAAAAGGAUAAGUUGCAUUGGAAUCGAGAAAGUUUCGUUCAUAAUUGCAUAAAAGGAGUAAAAAUAGUGGCUGCGGCGCGUCGAGGGUCAACCUUGAUAUCGAAUAACCUUUCGAGCCUUCCCCAAUGGAUCUCUAUCCUCCUUUGAAACCAAUAGAAGUUCACUGACCAUCCCUGUCAAACAUAACCCAAGGUAGGAUCGAGAGGAGAAGAAUAGGACUCUUGCUAGUAUCAUAACCUCUCGAUGGGAGAAUGAAACCAUUAGAUUAGUGGAAAGAAGAAA